AUUUUUCUUUUCUUUCAUUUUUUAAAGAGAAAUUGGAAGAACACCCACCCAUAGACUGACCGCAAACAACAAGUGUAGCCCGUAUUAUUUUCGUACGGAGUAUCAUGCUGCCUGGAUUCAGCUCUUCCCUCCUUGAGUUCGCGUCUAUCUAGCUGUUCGAAUUUUGAGCGGUUAUUGCUCAUCCUAUGCCUCGUCCGUACGAAAUGGAACCGUCCUUCGUCUCCAGGGCUCGUACUGCCAUCCAUUCCGCUGCAUCUAAAGCGGAGAAAGUCUUUACGGAUAUUAAAAAAUCUGAUCCCGCCAUUGAUGGAGUUGAAGCUGAAAAUCUGGAUGUUCCAGUCGGAGGAGAUUCUGAUAAGCAGUCGCCGGAGACAUCAGCUCCUGAAUUGAUUGAUAAUUGGGACGAAGGAAAGGGUAAUAAUGAAGGGAAGAGUUUGAGGUGGAGACCAAGCCAAAUAAAGACGAAGCAGGAUUGGCAAGAUAGGCUAAAGAACUUGAGAAUAGGAAAAAGAGGAUCACAGGAUAAGAAGAAUUCUACUAUGGCAUAUGCAAUUUUUGAUGAAAAUUUAUACUUGUUGAGGUAUAAAGAAAUUCGGGAGCAGGAGGAUUCCAAAUCAGGUUCCUUGUUGGAAGAUUCAAACCUUUUGGAUACAGGCUGCAUCCCUCCAUCUAUUGUCUUGAAACAACUAGCUAUAGCUAUUGAGUCUGGAAAGAAGUACAACUCAAUGAAAGACCUCCUGGCUUCAUCAAGAGGAUCUUCACCUAUAAGAGAGAAAGCUAGCUUGAGCUUCUCUGCUAUGAAGUCACUAGUGCUACGUGAAAAAGAUGAAAUAAGUGAGCUGGGUACUGACAAUAAAGAUAGCUGUCUAAUCACUUCACUGCUAGAUGCAGAAGGACAUUCCCCUGAUUGGAGGGUGGACAAUGGUUCAGAGACAUCAACAAGCUCCACAUCUAUACCUAAAGAUAUUCACGGUGCUCCUCCUGACUGUUUUGUAAUUAAACUUGCUAAAGUGAUUGGGAAUCUGAAAUCAUUGCAGAAAAUGGCAUCAUUUUGGAACAAAAUUGUUGCCGAACUGAGAAGGGUUUGGUCUGAGGAGCAGUAUAUCCCUGGCAUUCCAUCUGAUGAGAUUCCUGACCUAAAUUCCUGCCUUUUGUAUCAGCAGCUACAGGUGAUUAACUGUUGUGUUUCCAGGAAAAAGCGCAUUUUUCUUGCCACUGAACAAUUGGAUUCUAUUAUGAGUCUAGCUAAUUCAAAUAUCAAUAUCCCUGAUUUGGAGGACACAUCUCCCGGAAGUCGUGUAUUGUAUGCUAAAAUUGCCACAGGGGAACACAUUAUUCGCUUAGGAGCUAACAAACUAUCUGAUUUAAGAAUGUUGGAAACGGGUGAACCUAUAUAUACACCACUGAUACAGGAAGCGCCUUUGUUGACAGAGGAUCUUAUAAAAGAAACGGAGGAGUUUGUACUGAGAACAGGGAGUGUUGGUGCGGGGUGCUCUCAACUCCUAUCUGAUAUGCAGGCUUUCAAGGCAGCAAACCCUGGUUGUAUAUUAGAGGAUUUCGUGAGAUGGCAUUCUCCUCCAGACUGGAUGGAGGGGGACAAUAGUGAAUCUAACGAAACAUCCGAAAGCAGUGAUUCAUCCCUAAGAGGCCAACUGAGUAAUCGGAUGCAGAAAGAAGGUAAUCUAUGGCGUGAAUUGUGGGAAACCUCAAAACCAGUACCAGCUGUCAGACAAACACCCCUCUAUGAUGAGGACUUGGCUGUGGAGGGUAUCCUGGAUGCCUUGGAAGAUAUCUCACCAUCUGUGCUGUUUGAACAACUGUUUAUAUCCCUUCUGGGUGUAGGGUUUGUGAUUGCCGAGUCAACCCUUUCCUCAAAUCCCAGCUUGUCAGGGUUGUUUCGUGAGUGCAAAGAUUACAUUGUUGCAACUUGUCAAAAUAGCACGUGGGUGAAGAAAGUUGAUGAUAUAUGUCAGGUGUAUGAAACAGUGGAGACAAUGGUACAUAGCCCAGAUGAAGUCGUUAAAAUGACAGUACAGUGCGGAGAGAACACUCCUCCCGUUAAUGAGCUGAAAAGUCGCUUCAAGAGACUAAGCUCAAUCUUUGGUAGUAAUAAGGAUAAGAAGAGUGCAGGGAAACCAUCCCCAACAAACCAGGAGGAGAACAUUAUAAAGCAAUCACUCUCAUCUAUUUUCUCAAAGAAGCCGCCAAAACCAGGCAACCUUAGUCCAAUUGAUACACUUGCCUCUUCUGUUGAGAAUGAUUGGACUAUUGUAUAAAAUGUCUCACCCAAAGGUACAACUGUACAUUAAUUUUUUGAGUGAACUAUAUGUAUACGAACCCGCGGACAAAAGGCAACACAACAUAUUCUAAGUAUAUGAUUGGAAUAUAUAUUUAUACUUUUUUUAGAAUUAAA